AUGCUAUUCACCCGGAGGAAACCAAUGACAUCAGUUGAAGGAACACAAGGCAAAUACGUCAAACGAGAGAGCCCACCAAACGUUCCAUCGUUAGCAGCUACUACUGUAAGCAGAACAAAACGAAACCCAAUCGCGUCAUCGACGCUUAUUCUGAACAACGUAUCAGCUCCACCAUCAAGUACACCACCUUCAGAAGCCGAGAUGUAUCAUUCUGGAAAUCCCAGUAUUGAAGAAACCGAUGAUCUAGACGAUUUGGAGCAUCAAGAAGACUCCUUCGAUAUCAAUGAUCUGAAGGAGAUGGAAUUCGAGAGGUUACAUUCGAGAUCUACAGCCAGUGAAAAUGAUGUCUACACAGAACCAUCGGAUGAGCCGUCCACCUCAUUCGGAGUACGAAAUAAUAAUGUUCUCUCGUCGAGAAGUUUCAACAGAGGAGCACUUCGAUACGUGCCAAGAAAGUCGCUGACCGCGUCGCACUCGAUUGGGAAUGUGGAACAAGGCAUGCGAGAGCUCAGUGUCGGCGAGAAGGGACUAACAUCCUCCCAACCUCCAAGGUUCCAAUCUCUUCAAACGCUUCCCAGCGAACAGUUAAUGACAAUCCAGCAGUAUCGCUCGUCAUGUGAUUGCUCAAGUGACCACCUGCCGCUCCCAGAAAACUGGGCUGUCGAGUAUACUACUGAAAACCAGCCAUACUACGUGGACCAUACCAAUCGGCGAACUCAUUGGGUUCACCCACUGGUCCAUGAGAGUCUGAAGCCAGGAUGGAAGAAGAUUUUUGAUCCACAGAAGGGAGUGUUCUAUUACAACGAAGAGAUGAAGAGAACCCAAUAUGAGCAUCCUGGAAUUUCCAAUCCAAUCUUCCGAACCGAAUCUGUAAAUGUCGCUAGCCGUUCUCAAGUGGAUCUUAAUGCGAACCUUCACAUCAUCGAAGAGAAAGAACUUCCACCCUGGCUACUGAUGUACGCUCAAUCAGACUCCUCUCUGGACCACCUGCUGGAGUGGGAUCUGUUCAAUUUCGAGCAGCUGACGGAGUACGAGCAUUUGAUGAUGAAGCUUUACAAACAGGAAGUGUUCGAUAUUGUCAAAAAAUACGAAAAAAAGCGAAAUGUUUUGAAUCGAGAAAUUCAUCGACGAGACGUCUCGAGACCACCACCACCAAGAAUCGACGAAAAUUAG